AAGCGAGUCGAGUGCAUGCUCCGAUGAGGACGAAGGUACAGCAAAUGGCGCAACACCUGACCACCGCUUUAUACAAGCUAAGAGAAGGAUCAUUUCGAAGAAGGCGAAUCUAGUGAGAGAUCCAGAGACAGUUCAGUUCUCCAGACAAAGUGAACUCCAAGAGUAAAUUUCACAACUAGAGACACCAUUCCAAUACUUCAAGUUUCUCUUCCACGGCUCGCUGAUUUAGCUAUUUGCAGAUCAGAGCAAUUUGUAUGCGCUUCAGAAAGACGUGAGUCAGUCCCUUUGUACCACCGCAGAAGAUAUGGAAGUGCUUAUUGGGACGUGCCGCAUGUGGAUGUCGAUCACUCAAAUGAGGAAGUCGAGGUGCUACUGGAGUUCAGAAACCAGGGUUAGCCAAGUGGCUGACAACUUUCCUGUGGGCUUUGAAAAACUGAAGCAUAACACCCACUUCAUUGACAAUAGUACUCCCGGCCCAAAGGACGCGCCAGGAAGAGAUCGGCUUACGAAAAUGCGUCCUCUCAUUGAUACCAUCAAUGAUCAGUUGUCGCUUGUGCCUCUUGAAGAGAAUCUGUCUAUUGACGAACAGAUCAGACCCUUCAAAGGUAGCAGCUCCCUCAAGCAGUACUGUCCCAAGAAGCCCCAAAAAUGGGAUUACAAUGUUUUCGUGCUCUCCGGUGUAAGCGGCUUCUCCUACAAAUUGGAGGUGUAUACCAGACAGGAGAACUCGGCGCUAGGACGUUUAGGAGAGAGAGAGAAUAAACUUUUUAUUGUACGAAGGAACUCCGUGGGGUUAAUCUCGGGUGGAGCCUUCUUGUAGAGCCCCACUGGCCGUAGCGGCUCGCCGGGCCUGGUCCAGGGUCGCCAGUUGGCUUCCCAGUGCCAGCUCGGAAAGCCGUGCCUCCCAAGACCACGUCGUGAGUGUUUGUGAUGAGCUCACCAGCCUAGAUACUGCCUGGGCUGGGCGCUCCGUACACUGGUAAGUAAUGUGUGUCAGUGUGGCUGUGUGGUCGUUACACCACGGACAUAUCCCUGUUGUGUAUACCUCUGGAAAGAUUGCGUGCAGUCUCGAUAUGUGCGGGUAUGUGUUUGUUUGAAGGCGGCGCCAGUCCCUGGCUUGUUGGCUGCUUAAGUUGGGAUGUGGAGGAGCGCACUUCCGUCUGGUAAGGCGCUGGUACUCCAAAAUCUGCCUGCCAGUGAUGGUUUCCUCAUGGUAAUCUGAAGGGGGUCCCGAGGAGGGUUCUGCAGCUCGGCCAGCAAGUCCUCGAGCUACGCAGUUCGCCUCCUCGUUGCCCCCCAGGCCCGUGUGCCCCGGGCACCAGGCGACGGCAUGGUCCUCAGUCAAUCCGGGGCCCAGGAUAUCAGUGACGCACCUGGGAAGUGUGCCUCUGAGGUAUAACCGACAGGCGGCCUGUGAAUCUGUCAGAAUGUAUGCGGGGCGACCCCUUCGCUCUGCUUCUCUUACGUUUAGGAGAGCCUGACUGUGGAGCGAGUGAAAAUGUUGUUGUUCGCUUGAGUAGAAUGAUUCCGAGAGGCGUACACCACAAAGUGUACUUCGACAACUAUUUCAACUCGCACAUGUACCCGACUGACACGUGGUCAUACCAUUCCUGAGCUUGCGCAGAUGAGUUUUGUGUCUUCUUUCUUUUUUCGCCUCAGUGCUCCCUUCAGUUGAUAGUGGGCGUUCGUGUUGUCCACUUCUCUACUCUUAUGUCCUGUCUGCACGCCUCACCUCUUUUUUGCAUAAUGAAUCAUUACCAACUAGCUCAGCUUUCUGUCGUUCUAAUAUUUCAACUGCCCAACUUUGCAGGUGUACCUAGAAAAAGACUGUACACUGCAUUGGUACUGUGCGGACAAACCGGGUCCCUGCAGUGAGCCUUCCUAGCGAGCAGGAAAUGAAAAAAAAAAUUACCGACGAUUACGUUACUUCCUAAUGCGAAAUUUGAGCGCAGCAAAUAAGCUGUUUCACCUUUUCGAUAGAUUGAGGCAAAGAAAUCGAGCAACACAUGUAUGCGCUAUCACAGAAUUUUUUUUUUAUUUUUCACACGUAUUCCUUUAACAAAGACUCCACUAACAGUUCUUGACAGUCAUGAAGGAAGCUUUGUGGUCGGAGAAAUAGACUGAUAUAUGUUCGACUUGGUACACCAAUGCUUGAUUCUCAAAGACGAGAUCUAUACAAGUGCCUCGCGAGGUUGUCACAGCCGUGGGACGCGUUACGAGCGAGAGGAACGGGAUGUUCUCCCGCAUAAGUGUUAGGAAAUUGCUGUUUGUCUUUAUGUCAACAUUAAAGUCCCCCACUACUAACAUCGGUGUGGAUCGAUGGACGGUUAAUGCGAGUUGCAGGAAGUGCACGACGUCUUUCGUGAGUACUCCUGGAUCAUCUCGACGGCGGCGACGGUAAGCUUCUGCUUCGGCGGCACGCACCUCUGGAUUCUGACGGCGACGGCGCUGGGCCUCUGCUCUGGCAGCUCGUUUAGCAGCAGCAGCAGCAGCAGACGGAGGACUUCCAUCGGUCGUCUCGCUCAUGGCUCAGAAAGAACUGGCAGAUAAUUUCGCAGUGGCGAACGGCAGCGGCAAUUUCGGCUCGGGCGGUGCACAUAUACAGAUCCGCCGCCACCGAUCUGGCUCUCUGAUUGCCACCGCACAGGGCGAACGGCAGCGGCAAUUUCGGCUCGGGCGGUGCACAUAUACAGAUCCGCCGCCACCGAUCUGGCUCUCUGAUUGCCACCGCACAGGGGUUGCAUUGGAGGAGGAGCGAAGAAAGGAAUUAAGUUCGAGCCGGCGCUUUGACAACCGGAGACUCGCAGGAAGAGGGGGGAGGGGGGCGGCGUGUACACCCAGCGGCAAACGAUGGGGGCAGAAGCGCGCGCAGCAAGCGGACAACACGAUAAAGGGAGGAGGGAAGAGAUAGCAGUGACUGACUGAUGCCGCUGACGCCGAUAGUGAGUCAACCCCAGCUGCGGAGUUGGUUUCAGGGACAACGCCGCCGAUGCCGGCACAAACAAUAUGAUACCCUCGCUUCCGCAGCGCUAAGAACCAGGUCUAGCCGUGGGAAGGUGGUCACGUAUUCGUCGACGUGCCGGGGCCUACGUGAAAUAACCGGCGCGUCGGCAACUGAAGAGCACCCUAUCCGCCACACAAGAACAGGGGGGGGGGGGGACCCUUUCCUCCUCUUUCUGCAUGGCGGCGACGGUGUUCUAUGCAGUCACGUUAUCUUGACUCUCUAGCGGCGUCAGCGGCAUCCAGCGGUAUCAGUCGGUCGCUGCUAGCGCUGGGGGGAUGAAAGGGGGGCGGAGCUGGUUACGAGGCCGACGACAACGCCGACGACGACGCGAAACCCAGGAACGGACGCCAAAGAGCUGCGCUCUAAAAGGAAGAGGACAUUUUGAAGAGAGGGUUGCAGUUGUGGAUGGAAUUGAACUGUCAUGCACAAGGUAGCAAGAUACCCGAGCAUUGACUUUGCUCUCCUACUUUGUUGGAACGCAGCCUGCUACAAGUGCAUCAAGGUAUAAUCGUCAAAAAAAAGUACAGAGUAAGAUACCAUGCCCUGCAGUGAUCACCAUCUACAAGAACAUGGGAGGCGUCGACCUUUUGAACUCCGUCAUCUCCAUUUACCGUCCCUACCGAAAGUCGAAAAGAUAUUAUUUUCGUGUUUUUCUGCACAUCCUUGACUUGACAGCUGUAAAUGCUUGGUGGCUUUACAAGAGGAACAUCAUGAAAAAACGCGAUCAGUACACUGAAAGGCUACUUCCGUUGGCUGAGUUCAGGAUGGACCUGGCUGCAUCACUCUGCAAGGCUGGGAAGACGGCGCUGAAAAAGCGAGGAAGGCCUAGCAAUGAGUCAAUAGAACAAGCCUGUGAUGAGAAGAAAAAAAAGGGACCAUCAACUCCAACUCAGGAUGUCAGGCUAGAUCAUGUUGGUCACUGGGUUCUUUGGAGCAAGAAGCGGCAGCGCUGCCAGCUUCCUGGCUGCACAGGAAUCUCCAUGAGCUACUGUGUUAAGUGUGGAGUGCAUCUCUGUUCCACAAACAAGAGCAAUUGCUUUUUUGUGUAUAUCACACUACAAAAUGAGUCCACCGUUUCUCAUUACUUACCGAUUACUGCUCAAGGUAUAGAACCAACCUUUUCAAGCAAGCAAGUGAAAAAGCCUUCUAUUGUACGAUGUGUUCCCACUUGCUGAUUGUCAUGCAAAUAAAUGUUAGUUUGAAACACAAUAAGCCGGGCUUUCCUCAACCUUUUCUUUAUGUGCACGUUGUUGCAAAUAUGCAACGUACCCUUUUUCUGCCAAUACAAACUGUUAAAGUCCACUGAAGGUAUUUUUUUUGUUAGUACAGCUGUUGUUAUGGUUCCCUGCAACGACAUUAAUAAUUUUAUGGCAAAAGAAAAAAAUGUGCAGUAAAGGGUAUACGCGCGCCAACAUUCCAAUGCACCAGUGGUCUUUUUUUUUUUUUCAUUCUGCAUGCAGCCACCAUGCCGGACAGUGCAUUGCUCAGCGGCGUAACGGCAUAUCCGUUGCUACAGACGGAGCCAAUAUAUUUUUCCGAGAUCCUAACGCUCAACCGUGUCGGCCUCCGCGACAGCCAUAUGGGCGGUUUAACGCAGGCGCCAGACAUGUACAGUUGGCGUUCUCCUUGUGUAGAGCGCGGAAAAGGCAGCCGCCAGUGCGCUCCGCAGCCAGCCAGCGACGUUUAACGGUAGUGGCUGGGCCCGAGAUUAUAUGCGUCGGCCGCGAGGGCCCAGGCACUCUACUAACUCUAUGCCAGGCACUUAUCUCGAGCCCAGUAGCUACCGUUAGACGUCGCUGGCUGCCUCCAGAAAGGCUCGGCGGCCGCCGUUCCCGCGCUCUACACAAAGGUGACGCCGACUGUACUUGCAGGGAACAUGCAGCUUCAGUUCGCUCGUGCCUUCAUCUACACAGUGCACUAUGGGCACUAUGGGAUGUAUUGU